GUAGUGUUCUUGCUUACAUUUUCGGGGUCCAAGCCAAGUAGCACAAUAACUUAGUGGUUCUGUAAAACAAUGGUUGACAGUUGAUAAGGAUUAUUUAUUUUCAAGUAAUUUUAAUUUACGGGUUUUUUCGGCCAUGUCUGCAAGCUGCUGCUGGUGCUAUUUAACCGUGGUGUUUCUGGUCUCGGCUCCUUCGUUCUUGUCGUGUCUGCUAGUGAAGGGCGCUCAGGUCGCCUUGGUGGAGGUUCUGCUGAGAGAACGUCGGGACGUCAGCACCGUUCUACAAGGCGAGGUGCUCGAGGCGACCUGGGAAAGCAGCAGCGUCCCCGAAAAACACAAUCAACAACAAGAGCAUGAUCUCGAAGGGGACCUCAUAUUAGUGCAGGAUGAGGAGCCCCAGGUGAGCCGGGGCAAAGGUGGGGGUGUCCAAGCCAAAGACCAGGAGCCAUGGAUAGGUGUGGUGCCUGUCAAAGUGGAGGAGAGCAAAGCUUCCACUGCCGGGAACAGUCAGGAAUCCUUUGCUGCUGCCGUUGUCAAUAAAAUGAAACGAGCGUUGGUCCUGGGGGCUUCUGCACUCAUCAUCCUAGCCCUCAAUCAGAACACUGUCAGAGAGAUGGAUCUGUCCCAAGUCCUCUCUAAGCCAGUCAUUGUCAUCCAGACAUCAGAAAAUGUUACCAAGCUUAUCGGAGCACUCCUCAGGGGCCUUCAUGCUACUGCAAAAAUCACAUACAAGACUAUUCUACAGGACAACUUGGGGGCCACCCUGACGUUGUGGUCCACGUGCGGUCUCUCCCGAGGUGGUCUGUAUGGAGAGUGGCAGGGGGUCAUCUGCACUGGAGAGACCAACUCACAGGUCCAGAAGUACCUGCAUCAGCUGUGGAACACGGUCCUACUGGUGGCUCUUAUCCUCUGUACAGGGGUCAUAGUUCAGGCUCGAUGGCAGUACCAGGACAACCAACUCAAUGACGACCUGGAGUUCCCAAAACAGGACAUCCUGAAGAGACUGUCGUCCCUGAAGACCAGGAUGUACCGGUGGUGUGACCCAGCCCAGCUAGAGACCGACAACUGUGCCGUCUGUCUGGAACAGUUCACCAACAACCAGUGUCUUCGUGUGCUGCCCUGCCUCCAUGAGUUCCACAGGGACUGUGUGGAUCCGUGGUUGCUCCUGCAGCACACCUGUCCUCUGUGUAAACGCAGCAUACUCAGUAAGUUAUACACCUGUCCCCAGAGUAAACGCAGCAUACUCAGUAAGGUUUACACCUGUCCCCACUGUAAACGCAGCAUACUCUGUAAGUUAUACACCUGCCCCCUGUGUAAACGCAGCAUACUCUCUAAGAUCUCUACUUGCCUGUACACUCAAGUGCAACUUUAUUUGCCAUAUGCAAUUAACACAUUGGAAAUCUAAUGUAGCGCUGGUCAUUGUAUUUGGUACCCGGUUAAGUCAGCUAUUCGCUUUAACUGUCAUCUUUCCCUUCCAUCCACAGGUAACCUCUGUAGAGACAGCUAAUGGUAGCCUUGGCCCCCCUCCUCACUUCACUCUGACCAGGGCCCAGUUUAAAAAAACUUUUAAUCUGGAUCAGAAUGAUUUUGAUUCUUUUUUGCUAUCCAGGAUUAGUUCGAUCUGGCUGUUUUUGAGCCGGUUUUUCAGAAAAACAACCCCGGAUAGGAUCAUUCUGAUCCAGAUACCACAAUAGGGCGGCAGGUAGCUUAGUGGGUAAGAGCGUUGUGCCAGUAACCGAAAGGUCGCUGGUUCUAAUCCCCGAGC